AUGCCCCUCCUAACUCCACAGAUCCAAGAUGAGAAUGAUUACAGCUUAGUGGCCAGCCUUGACAACGUUAGGAAUCUCUCCACUGUCUUGAAGGCUAUUCAUUUCCGAGAACACGCUACCUGUUUCGCUACUAAAAAUGGAAUCAAGGUUACAGUGGAAAAUGCAAAGUGUGUGCAAGCAAAUGCUUUUAUUCAGGCUGGAAUAUUUCAAGAGUUUAUAGUUCAGGAAGAGUCUGUUACUUUUCGAAUAAAUUUAACUGUCCUUUUAGACUGUUUAUCUAUAUUUGGAUCAAGUCCUAUGCCAGGGACUUUAACUGCACUGCGGAUGUGUUACCAAGGUUAUGGUUACCCUUUGAUGCUCUUUCUGGAAGAAGGAGGGGUGAUGACAGUCUGUAAAAUCAAUACUCAGGAGCCUGAGGAGACUCUGGAUUUUGAUUUCUGCAGCACCAAUGUUAUUAAUAAAAUUAUUCUGCAGUCAGAGGGGCUCCGUGAAGCAUUUUCCGAAUUGGAUAUGACGAGUGAGGUCCUACAGAUCACCAUGUCUCCCAACAAGCCUUAUUUCAGGUUAUCUACUUUUGGGAAUGCAGGAAGCUCCCACCUUGAUUAUCCCAAAGAUUCUGAUUUGAUGGAAUCAUUUCAAUGUAAUCAGACCCAGGUCAACAGAUACAAGAUUUCUUUACUGAAACCCUCUACAAAGGCAUUAGUCCUAUCUUGUAAGGUGUCUAUUCGAACAGAUAACCGAGGAUUCCUCUCAUUACAGUAUAUGAUUAGGAAUGAAGAUGGACAGAUAUGUUUUGUGGAAUAUUACUGCUGCCCUGAUGAAGAGGUUCCUGAAUCAGAGUCUUAAGUAUGGCAUUCGCUGUGAUAGCUAUCUUGACAUUCAUGAUCUGUCACAUUCUCGUUCUGGGUAUAGUGCUCUCCAGAAUACUGGGUUUUCUGAAGGGAAGAAGCAUGGAGGAGAUAGGAACAAGGUCCAUGUACCCUAAUAGUUGCUGUGUAUUUUGUAAGUAAAUGUUUUCAUGUAGUCGUAGAUUAACCAGUACUGGACUGGA